AUGGUCAACCUCCCAUCAAGGAGCGAGCUCGCAGCGCCUUUCCGCUCAAAGGAGGCUUUUGUCAAUUUCGUCAAGGCUCCUGAAUCUGCAGAUGGCCAUACCCGAGUCGGAAGUGAGAGAUGGUCCAACAAAGAUCUUGAGCCUACGCCGCUGGAGCAUCGCAACUGGACAUGGUAUAAUUUACCGCUGUAUUGGUUCUCCAACCAGUUUAGUCUUACAGGUUGGAACACGGGCUCUUCUCUCAUUGCUGUUGGAUUGACUUGGCAGCAAUCAUUCGCCUCGUGUGUUCUAGGAGCACUGCUCGCCUCUGUGAUCGUCGUGUGUAUGGCCAGACCUGGAGUGCAGUACCAUAUUGGCUUCCCCGUCCUCGCCCGAUCUAGCAUGGGAAUGUAUGGCGCCUACUUCUUCAUCUUCAUCAGAGCGAUUGUGUGCAUCGUUUGGUAUGGUAUCCAGACCUUUUACGGCGGCUCCAUCCUCUCAGUUAUGCUCCGAUGCAUCUUUGGUAGCUCAUGGGAAAACUUUACAAACACGCUCGGCGCCAACGCAGAUAUAUCUUCGAAAGUCCUUCUGGCCUUUUUCAUUGUCUGGAUCUUGCAAUUCCCAUUCAUGUGGGUUCAUCCGCGAAACAUUCACUACGUCUUCACCGUCAAAGGCUUCACUAUGCCCAUCGCUGCAUUCGCCAUCUUUGGCUGGUGCAUGGCCAACGGCGGCGGCAUCAAUGGUAUGAACAUUGCGUCCAAGGAAGCCGAGACAGCUGCCUCUACAACUCCCCUUGGCUGGAGCAUCAUGUCAGGAAUCAAUGUCAUCAUGGGCGGCUUGUCGCCUAUGUUGGUCAACCAACCUGAUUUGGCCAGAUACUGUCAAAAGACCCGUGACGCUGGCCCGCUCCAGGGUGUCAGUGUUUUUGUCUCAUCCGUCAUCGUCUUUUUCCUUGGUCUUGCAUCGACUGCAUCCAUGCAGGCCGUGUGGGGAGAAGCGUACUGGAACAUUUGGGAUCUGCUUGACUCUGUUCUUGACCAUCACUGGACUCCUGGUGCUCGUGCGGGAGUCUUCUUCCUGGCCUUGGCCUUUCUCCUGGGAACCUUUGCCACCAAUUUCGGUGCAAAUUCGAUUCCCUUUGGCUCUGAUAUGACUGGUCUUUUCCCGCGCUGGCUCACCAUCCGGAGGGGACAAGUUGUUUGUGCUAUUCUGGGCAUUGCAGUAGUCCCGUGGAAGCUUAUGGCGAAUGCACAGGCAUUUUUGUCUUUUCUCGGCAGCUACAAUAUCUUCAUGGCGCCUCUAUGUGCUGUCAUAAUUGUUGACUAUUUCUAUGUCCGGCGAGGUAACAUCCAUGUUCCAUCUUGCUACGAUGGAAGCAAGCAUGGCCUCUACCACUUCUGGUCGGGUGUGAACUGGGUAGGCUGUCUAGCUUGGAUCCUGGGCACAACUAUGGGACUUCCUGGAUUAGUUGGGGAGUAUCAGCCGCAGCUUCUCACAAACGCAUCGCGAUACAUGUAUAUGAUGGGCUGGCUGUUAACCUUUGUGACUGCUGGGGUGGUUUACACUGUUGGUGUUCAGUUUGUCAAUAUUCGUGUUUUUCCAGCUGGGAGGGGUAUGGUUAAGACUUGGGAAUGGCUUGCUAAAGAUGGAAGGGAAGGCUUCUUUGAUGACGAGAGGGAUGGUCAAGUCAUUUAUGCCCAAUCUUCGCCAGUCACUGAGAAGUCAGAGGGAGAGGUCAAGAUGGGCACGAAGGGUGAUGAUGGAUCGCUGUGA